CACGGGAUGGCCAUGGCCCCGAUCUGCAUUGAAGGUUCGGAGGACCGCGGCCAACGCACGCUGGCAACCCGCGACAUUGGCGAGGGUGAGGUAAUCUUUCAAGAGCCGCCUUUGGCACUGCUCGUUCCGUCGCGGGAGCUGCCCUGGGCCAAGACGCUCCGCUCCGCGCUGAGGAAACUCAGUGAGGAUUGCGCAUGGCAGUUCUGCCUGGCAGUCCAGUGCCUCACCGAGGAGGAGUUCCCGCAGUCGCGUCGACCGGAGGGUCUCCGUCCACUUUCCGCGCAUGCAUGCCAGAAGCUUCAGGAGCUUUGCGGUGGCGAGGAUGUAGCCGCCGGAUCGCCGUCGGAGCUGGCGAUGCUGACGGCAGAACACCUUGGUGAGCCCGCUUUGGCCCAUCGCAUAGACGAAGUUGCAGCCCGCGUGGCACGCAACGGCUUCCAGGUGGUUGAUCUGGAGUCGCGGCCGCCUGCUGCAGGGGACGCGCUCUUUCACCAGGUGUCCUUCUGCAAUCAUUGCUGUGCUGGGCUCUCGAAUGCGACUUGGACCUGGAGUGCCUCCAAAGGCCUGGUGCUGCGCGCGACACGCCCGGUGAGCUCCGGCGAGGAGCUGACCAUAAGCUACAUCGGAAAGCCCUGGUGUGAUCUUGCGCGCCCUGCACGGCGAAGAUAUCUGAAGCAGAAUUUCAACUUCGUCUGCCUCUGCAAGGCUUGCGCAAAUCCGGAUGCAGCCAAAGGUGUUGCGCCGGCUUUGCAAGCUCCAAAAGCGAACAAGCUCCAGGGCCUCUUGCUCAAGUGGCUCACGGAGGCACCCGCCGAGGCUGAUGUGGCCGACGGAUCGCCGGCCCAGGCAGAUGCCAAGGUCCAUCAGCUUCUGGAGCCAGUUCCCAAGGCCGCGAAGGCACAGCUGAGCAAGGAGGAGCGCUUGGAGCGACUGCUCCAGAGGGCCCGGGCCGAGGGCUUGAGCGACUCGGAGACCGCCGCCCUCUCGGCACUGCGCACCGAGGAGGGCCACGUGGGCAAAGCGCUGAUCCGCUUGCGGAGGUGCAAAGAUCCCUCGCCGCUGCAAGAUGCCGAGAUCCAGUGCUUUGGCUACUGGUGCUCUGCCUCGCCUGGGCUCGGGGCCCCAGAGAGACCCGUGGAGGCCAAGCAGACGUACUACGAGGUGCUGGACGUCCCGAAGGAUGCUGACCUUCGGACCAUUAAGAAGGCCUAUCGAGAGAAGGCCUUGGUCUGGCAUCCAGACAAGAAUCCGGACAAUCGGGAGGCAGGCGUGCUGGGACAGACUUUGCUCAAGGAAGCGAUCGUAGUAGCAGUGACGAGGUGCUGUGCGAAGAGACUCCAGCACACAGUUAACUUGAAGACACACUCCCUGGGGCAGCGUGCCAUGGCUCCGAGCGGCGGCGAGCCGCACGACACGGGCCCCGGUCGUAAUGAAGAUCUCAUUGACACAGAUGACAACGGUAACAUCGUAGCCGUGGUGACUGUGGCGGUGAUGAUUGUACUGAUACCCGGGCCGGAGGCGGAAGAUGUGCCACCUCAGUGGUCGCUGAAGGUCGGGGAGGGCAUUGAUGCCGUUGAUUUGGCAGAAGACGGUCGCUUGGCGCUGCCCGCGAGCCCGCAGGCCUUCUGGGACUCGAGCCAAAUCGGCGAGCGACGCAUCGGUGGACAGCCUCUCGCCGCGAAGUCCGGCGGCGACCUCAGAGCUGCGAGCGAUGAUUGA